AUGGUGUACAACGUUGAAUCCACCGAAAAAUUCAAGGAAGCCCUUCAAGCCGACAAGCUCAUUGUUGUAGACUUCUACGCAACCUGGUGCGGGCCUUGUAAGGUGAUUGCACCAAAGCUGGUCGAGUUUGAGAAGGAAUUCACCAACGCGAGCUUCAUCAAGGUCGACGUGGAUGAUCUCUGCGACGUGGCCGCCGAAUACAGCAUCCGCAACAUGCCUACCUUCUUGCUCAUCAAGAACAGUGAGAUUCUCGAAACUGUUGUUGGAGCCAACCCUCAAAAGCUCAAGGAGGCAAUUGCAAAGCACGCUUGAUGUUCUGGUUCAAUCAAUUGUGUAAAGUGGG